CUCGCCCAACAAGGCUGAAAUGUCGCAGCUUUUGCGUACGUUGGGUAUCCAAUCGGUACUGCUGGUUGUGUUCCUCUGUCUGCUGCAGGCCAUGGAGCUACAGCUGCAUGAGCAGCAACUGCAGCAGCAGCAGGACGACCAAGCGCGCCUCAGGGAUCAGCAACUGAGGCAGCAGCAGCAGCGCGAGCAGCAGGCACAGCAGCGGCGCCACUCCUCGACGACCACCAGUCGAAAGCCCUUCAUAAUUCCCAAUGGCCUGUCGCUGCCUCGACGAGGAGAACAUCCGGACAAGUGCUACCGGGAAGUUCCGGCUGUCUUCUUUCAGUACGACAAGGAGGUGAAGAUCGUGGGCAACAGCACCACCAACCCCCACUUCAAUGUGAUCGAAGUGUGCUGCAAGGGGUGGCGGCGCUACGAGUACGAUUGGAGCAAGUGCGUCCCCGACUGCGACGAUCGGUGCCAGGAGAACGGGUUCUGUCUGGCCGGCGGGAUUUGCCAGUGCUUUGACGACUUUGUGCUUAACUACCGCAACAACUGUGUGCCGACCUGCCCACUGGGAUGCCCCCAUGGUCGCUGCUAUCUGAACGGGACCUGCCUCUGCGAUAAAGGCUACGAGCUGGAUGGGUCCCGACUCUUCUGCCAGCCGCAAUGUAAUCAGACCUGUGGACACAACGAGGUCUGUCUGGAGCCUGGAAAAUGCUCCUGUGCCGAGGGCUUCGUCAGGGGUUUGCGCGAGUCGGCGGCCUUGGGCUGUCAACCCAUCUGCAUUCCCGACUGCGGGUACGGACACUGCGUGGCUCCGAAUCAAUGCGAGUGCUUUCCCGGCUACCACAAACGCAUCAAUGGCACCUCCUGCGAAAACGGUUUCUAUAAGCGCUGCGAGAAUGGCUUCCGUGCGAACGAGACCACUUGUGUCUGCCAGAACGGAUUCCGGUACGACAAUAAUACUGCCAGCUGCCUGCCCGACUGCGGAGACAACUGUGAAAACGGAGUCUGCAUCUCCCCGGGAAACUGUCGCUGCUUCAACGGAUAUGUGCGGAACCGGGAGAAGUGUGAGGCCGUCUGCGAUCGAGGCUGUGGCUUUUAUGGCAAGUGCAUUGCUCCAAAUGUGUGUGGAUGUGCCAUAGUGCCCGGACCAGAGACUAGUUAUCAGAAGUGUGCGAUGGGACUGUGCAGCUCCCUGGGGCGGUGUCGCUGUCUGGAGGGGAAGGUGCGGUUCAUUGACAAGUGUAUGUCGCCGGACACGGUCACCACCUAUGCCUCGGUGGAUCCAACGCGGGCGAAUAGCUCCCUAAUCCUGGAGUUCGAGCUCCUACUUGGCAGGCACUUCAUCUUGGGCGGAGCCGAGAGGUUCCACAACUCGAUGUGGUGGCUAUUGCCAUUCACGGCCCCAUUCACAAUUGUAGAGCUGAACGAAAUGCACUUGAAAUCCCCACUGAUUGGCCUUCUUAUCGUCUGCCUAGCGAUUGAGCGACCCUCGCCCACUGCCGCUCAGUUCUGGCUAAAGCUGCCCGAACAGAACUGGGAGCGUGAGAUGCUGGCCACACGAGACUCCGGCGUCUGCUACAAGGAAGAGAUGGUGGAAACCAUCAACCCGAAUGCGAGACUCCGUCAGAUCUCCUACUGCUGCGAGGGCUACGUGAACCAUGGCAGCCCACAGAACCUGAAAUGCCAGCCCAUCUGUACCGAGGAUUGUGCGCACGGCCUGUGCCUCUCGCCAGGCUACUGUGAGUGUGCUCCGGGCUACUAUCGGGAGGAGCGGCGGUGCAAGCAGAUCUAUUCAUCUGUUCAGCUACUGAGAGUCGCUGGAGGCGAUUUGCGACUCACAGACUCAGCUUUCGCAUUAGAGCCCGUUUAUUGUGAGUCGAUUAGUCGAAGUGCAACAGCAGACGCCGACGGACGUGGGCGCAUAAGUACGUACUUAAAAAUUGUAAUACGGGAAAAAAGUGACAUCACCAUGAGGUCAUCGUGUAAGAUACUCGUCCCGACUCUUCUGCUGGCCAUCUGCUCUCUUGGCCAGACACAGUUCAAGACGGCGGGCAUUAAAACGCGUCAGCCGCCUUCGGGGAAUCUUCAGCUUUCGGGCAAUGCCAGUGAGUACAACCAGACGGGCUACGGGUGGAACAGCUACAACCAGAGCACCUACGGCUGGAAUGCCAAUGCGCAGAACCAGACAAGCCAUGGAUGGAGCGAUUUCGUCCCCGCCGAGACCUAUCAGCCCGCAACUUCGCCUCCCCUGUACGGACACUACGUGCAGCCGGUUGGACCCCCAGUGACACGGGCCCCACAGGUUCUGGACGAGACGGCGCUGUUCAUCAACAAGACCCGAUCGGCCAUGGCCAGCGGUGUGUGCUAUAAGGAAGUUCCAACCGCUUCUCUUCUGCGCAAUUCACGGGAGAGGUUCGUUGGCAAUGGGACCACCCCGGACAUGAGCAGUGUUCAGGUGUGCUGUGAGGGAUACGAGCGCAACCCGCACAUCUAUCGAAAAUGCGACCCAAUCUGUGCGGACGAUUGUCCAAACGGAAUCUGCACGGCACCCAACACGUGUGUCUGCAUUCCCGGCCACGUUCGAACGAGCGAGGGCAAGUGCAUCUCCACCUGUCCACUGGGCUGCGGCAACGGAGUUUGCGACGAGCGCAACGAAUGUCAGUGUCGGGAAGGAUACUCCCUGGAUCCCCUGAGCCGCAAGUACUGCCAGCCGGAGUGCAAGCAGGGCUGUGCCCAAGGACGCUGUGUGGCUCCCAACAAGUGCGAGUGUCUGCAAGGCUAUCGCCAGGCUCCCGAUGGGCGCUGUGAGCCCGUCUGCGACAACUGCGACAACGGGCAGUGCACGGCCCCUGGCCAUUGCACCUGCAAGGCGGGCUACCUCAAGCUGCAGGGACGCUGCGAGCCCAUCUGCGAGCAACCCUGCAAAAAUGGACGCUGCAUUGGCCCGGACAUCUGCGAGUGCGCGCAUGGCUUCGAGUGGGAUCGUAAGUCAGCCGAGUGUCUGCCGAAGUGCGAUGUACCCUGCCUCAACGGAGUCUGCGCGGGCAACAACCAGUGCGAGUGCAACCCGGGCUACGUGCGGGACGAGCACCAGCGGUAUAUCUGCCAGCCCCAUUGCCCCCAGGGCUGUCCCAAUGGCUACUGCAGUGCCCCCAACUUCUGCAUUUGCCGGCCAGGAUUCAUCAAGAGCGGCAUAAAGGGCCGUCAGAGCUGUACGGCUGUCUAGUACCUCAGUAAAAUGGCUAUAUGUGCACUGAUUUAAAUUACGUUUUUUUCCACACA